ACCAACUUUGACGUUUAUUUCACUUCGGUAUACCAAUUUUGUUUUCUUUCAGAAAAGUACUCCAACUUAACACUUUCUUUCACCGAUGGUAUUUUAGCCGGUUUCUAGAUUAAAAGCCGGUUACCAAUCCUACGUGAAUGCCUACUUGGCACCCCAAUUUAAAUCACUCCCUUCUUCUCUCUCCUCUCUCCUCUAACGCAUCAUCAUCACGGUUAUUUUACUUCAUCUACAACGAAUUCAACAGCGUCUCCGACAAAUUCGCCGACACCGGCCGCACUGUCGACACCAGCUUCCUCCUCUUCUCCGCCUACCUCGUCUUCGCCAUGCAGCUCGGCUUCGCCAUGCUUUGCGCCGGAUCUGUCAGGGCGAAGAACACCAUGAUCAUCAUGCUGACGAACGUCAUCGACGCCGCCGCAGGCAGACUCUUUUACUUCCUAUUUGCAUUUGCCUUCGUCUUCGGAGGCCCUUCCAACAGCUUCAUCGGGACCCACAACUUCGGCCUCUCCGGAUUCCCCUCUGAAUCUCCGGCGACGGUUGGGCGAGCGCUUCCAGAUCUGACGGGAAUCUUCUAUUCGGAUAUGGGGUUAUUGAUUUUGCAGAACCCAGGACCCGGACUGGCCGGACAUAUGCAAAUGGCUUCCAUGGCUUCUAUCCGCACGGAUGUUUAUCUUUCACCUUACAGUUACCCAGCGCUCCCUAGUCUCUGCAAAUCUCACCUUCUUUCCCCUAACCCUAUCUCUUGGCCGAAGAAGACGGAGCGAAUCGCGCUUUCAUUCAAUAACCUAAAAAGCCGCAGAAAUCAUCUCCGACCUUCAGUAUUCGCUGCUCAAUCCAAUUUCAUCAGAGUUGCGAGAACAGUGUGGAAUGUUGGCAAGCAUGGAAUUGAAGUUGGAGCAAACAUGGUGCCGGAUUCUAUUCCAAGGCCAAUCGCGAGUGUAUCAGUUGCAGCAGCUGCACUUACCCUUGCAUUGUUUGCACUGAAGUCAUUCCUCUCUACUGUCUUCUUUGGACUGGGUGUGAUGGGAGUUGUGUAUUUUGCAUUUCUGGCAUUAAAUAAGGAUGAAAGGCCAACUGGAAAUGGCGCUGCAACAUCAGCUGAUGAUAGUUUAGAAGAGGCAAGGAGAAUAAUGGAGAAGUACAAAUAAAAAUGUAAGCCUGAUGUCUUAAGAUGUACGGAUGUUGGAUCAAAUGAUAACAAAUAUCGUGGUUUCUAAAUGUGAAUGAUUUUCGG